ACAAGCACAUUUCAGACCUGGAGAACUGCCUGUCCUCUGUGAAGAUUACAGACUUCAGGAGCUAUGAGUUCCAUGGCUUUAAGGAUAAGACUUGGAAUGAAGUCAUGGAAACACAUCUAAAACUUCCGACUGAUCAAUUAGACCUGAGAAAGCAGCAAGAGGCCAUGUGGGAACUCUUCACGAGUGAAUGCACUUAUUUUUUGGACCAUUUAUUAGUUCUUAAGAUGAUCUUUAUGAAUACACUGAAAUAUCUACAAACUCAUGAAUACUUCCUGGAUGUGGAUUUAUGGAGACUUUUUGCAAACCUGGAGGAGUUAAGUCAGACUAGUUUUGGCUUUGUGAACAGUCUUUUCAGCAUCAUUAAGGACUAUGUUGACUCAGCUGAGACUUCCAUAUCGAUGGAUUUCAUUUCCGUGCUCACAAAGUAUUUCCGAGGAAGCCUCUGUCAGAGCCACCAGACCUACUGCCUGAAUUAUACAGCAGCUGUCUUCUAUCUUGAGAGCCUGAGGCAGAGAGAUGACUUUGGAAUCUAUUUAAAAUGGUGUGAGCAGAAUGAACAGUGCAGGAGGCUUCACCUGCCAGAGCUGCUGGUGGCCCCACUACACAGGCUGACUCGAUACCCCUUGCUGCUGAAGAAUAUCUGGAAAAGAAGUAUUGACUCGACGGAGAAAAUCACCAUCUAUUCCAUUAAGGAAAAGGUGGAAAGGUCAAUCCGAGAUCUUGAAGGAAAAGUGAAGUGGCUUGACAAUUUCCAGAAACUUAGACAUCUACAGGAGAUUAUAGUGUGGCCUCCACUUUGGGAUAGAGAUAAAAGGUUUUGCAUUCCCGAGUGCCUGAAGCACAUUUUUAAAGAACAUCUGGCAGAAAACAUCUUGUCACCAACCAACAGGCACCUUCUCUAUGAGGGGAAAUUAACACUUGCAGAAAAUGCAAGAUUUCUGGAUGUUUACCUGUUUCUAUUUGACGAUUUUCUCUUAGUUACAAAAAUUAAGCGCAACAAAAAGAAACUGGGAGGCUCAGACACAGGUUUGAUGUGUCCUUCACUUACUCCCGAGCUGCAAUCAGUAAUAAAAGAGGGUGGUUCCUGUACAGUACUUGAUCAACCCAUCCCACUGGACAGAUUGGUGGUUAAAAAUAUUGACCCACUCCACUUGUCAGCUUUUGGACUGAGAAACGCUUUUCUCAUACAACAUGAAAACAGAUACCGACAGUGUAUAGCAGCAUUCUUAUUACAAGCCCAAGCAGAAAACAUCAAAAAAACGUGGAUGAUACAAUUGACAACAGCAAUCUCUUACUUUAUGAAGACUCAGGAAAGCAAGAAAAUAUCUCUAUUCACAUUGCCUGCAGAAUCUCCUGAAAUUUAG